AUGCAUCGCAGAGUAUCAAGAGCGCAGUGUAACAACUGUACGUGUUCUCCUGGGUUAUUAUCGAGAACAAACAGAAGAAGUUCCAUGAUGGCCCGACAAAUCAACUUGAAAAGAACCGGUACAAGCAGCAAACUGGGCAGCAGAAAAGGGUCAGUUUUCUCUAUUGAUGCUUCAACCUUAUGCCAACCGGAAACCAAGGAAAUAAACACUUCCAAACGGUUGGAGAAUUUGAGACUUUUAAUGCAAGAGUACGACUUGGGAGUUUACAUUGUUCCCAGUGAAGAUGAACAUCAGUCCGAGUAUGUGUCAGCUAUUGACCAAAAGAGAGGGUUCAUUUCGGGAUUCCAAGGAAGUGCUGGAGUGGCCAUCAUCACUAGGGAUGUCACGUGUAUGAACUCAUGCCCUGAAGGCUUGGCCGCUUUGUCGACGGAUGCCAGGUAUUUUAGUCAGGCUGCCAACGAGUUGGAUUUCAACUGGUCUUUGUUAAGACAAGGUGCUGUUAAUGAACCAAGCUGGGAAGAAUGGGCCAUUGACAACGCCGUGCAGAUGUCGUUGGAUUCCGGCUCCAAGAUUAGAAUCGGGGUUGACCCUAAAUUGGUGACAUACGGUGAAUACUUGAAGAUUACUGAGAAGAUAAAAGCCAGACUACACAAGAACUCCAAAGCUGAGGUUGAAUUGACUGCAGUAAAGGAUAAUUUGAUUUCGAAGAUUUGGGAGAAGUUUGAAGUUUUACCUCCGGCGCCUACUAAUUUGAUUAAGAGAUUAGACUUGAAGUAUUGUGGCGAGGAAUUCACCGAUAAGUUGAAUAAGAUCAUAAGAACUAUCAAGGCUAACAACGGGCAUGCAUUGGUGGUAACAGCCUUGGAUGAAAUUGCUUGGUUAUUGAAUUUGAGAGGAGCUGACAUCAUGUAUAACCCAUUGUUUUACAGUUACUUGAUCAUAAAUGCCAACAGAGAUGUGAUAUUGUUUGUGGAUUCUUCAAGGUUUGAUGAAGAUGUUUCGGAGUAUUUGACGUUAAAUCAUGUUACUGUCUUGGACUAUAAUUCAUUCUGGACACAUAUAUUCGAUUAUUCGAAGGAUUUCAAUUUAGAAAACAAGAAGUUGUUGAUUACUAGGAACACAUCUUGGGAAUUGGUGAGAAAUUUAAAAUGCACCUUCACUGAAUUGCCUCGUUCUCCUAUCGAGGACUUAAAGGCCAUUAAAAAUGAUGUGGAAAUCGAAGGAGCUCGGUUGGCAGGCAUCAAGGAUGGUAAAGCAUUAUGUCAAUUUUUUGCAUGGUUGGAAGACCAAUUACUCCGGAAAAAUGAGAUGAUCGAUGAAGUUCAAGCUGAUAAACAAUUGACUGAGUUCAGAAAGAAAGAAGAGAACUUUGUGGGAUUAUCAUUUGACACAAUCAGUGCCUCUGGGGCGAAUGCUGCCAUUAUCCACUACAAGCCAGCCCCUACUAAUUAUUCGUUAAUCAAUCCAGAUACCAUAUAUUUGAACGAUUCGGGCUCCCAUUUCUUGGAAGGUACCACGGAUAUUACCAGAACCGUCCAUUUAGGUAAACCGACUUACUUGGAAAAGAGAAAUUAUACGUUGGUCUUGAAAGGAUUAAUUGGGUUGUCUGAUUUACAAUUUCCCCAAAACUCCAAAGGAGCUUACUUAGAUUCUAUUGCAAGACAGCAUUUGUGGAAGUACAACUUGGACUACGGUCACGGGACAUCUCAUGGAAUUGGUUCUUAUUUAAACGUUCACGAAGGUCCUGUCAGUAUAGGGUUGAGACCUGCUGCAUUCACCACCUCAAUUCAGCCAGGAAACAUAAUAUCCAACGAACCAGGUUACUAUGAAGAAGGAGAGUAUGGAAUCAGAUUGGAGAAUGACAUGGUGGUUAAAGAAACCGAUAAGGUCUUCAAUGGAAAGAAGUUUUACAAGUUUGAAACUUUGACCAAGGUUCCAUUCUGCAAGAAAUUGAUUGAAGUUUCAAUGUUGACCCAUGACGAAAAAGUAUGGCUUAACGAUUAUCACCGGACUAUUUGGACAGAACUCUCUGGAUUCUUUGUGAAAGAUUCAGUAACUCAUUGCUGGUUAUUUAGGGAAACUAGUGCUAUUUAA